AUGUCUACCUUUGGAUACAGGAGAGAGAUCAGUAAAUAUGAAGAUAUUGAUGAAGAUGAGCUGCUGGCUUCCCUCUCACCAGAGGAGCUCCAGGAACUGGAAAGGGAAUUGGAGGAUAUUGAACCAGAUCAUAACCUUCCUGUUGGAAUGAGGCAAAAAAAGUUUAACAGAAAAGUCUCCAACGGUGAACUUCAGCAGAGAAGCCUUAAUGGCUUAUUGGGAAAAGGAAACAAAAAAGCUACUAGAGAAAGAAAUUGGAGCAUGUGCUCAGAAUCCUAAGGAGGAGGAAGAAGAGGAAAUUGAAGAGGAUGACUUUGCAGGAAGCAACAGUGAAGUAUCGGAAGAGGUUUAUACAGAAGAAGAUGAGGAUGAGGAAGAAGAAAGAGAAGAAGAAAGAGAAGAAGAAGAAGAAGUAGAAGAAGAAGAAAAAGAAGAAGAAGAAGAAGAUGAUGACAAAAAGGAAGAAUAUGCAAGUGAAUUCGAAGAGAGUGACAAAGAGAUCAAAGAAGAGGUGAUGUGUAGCAAAAAUGAGCAGCAGGAAGCUAUAAAAAUUCCCAUAAAAACUCCCUCUAUAAAAUGCAAUGGAGUUCCUUUGGAUAAGCCAACUUGCAAUGGAUUCAGUGCAAGUGGUAAUAAAUACAGCAGACACACAGAAGAUACUGUAAACAGUAAACCAUUGCCUGGCCCUGUUCUCUCAAAUCCAACAGUUAUCGAAGAAGCACUUGAAAAUAUUAAAAUCAAUGAUCCUGACACUACUGAAGUGAACCUCAAUAACAUUGAGAAUAUAAACAGCUGAUACUUUAAUUGCAUUUGCAGAAGCUCUGAAAAACAAUACCAGUGUUAAAAUAUUUAGUUUAGCAAACACUCAUGCUGAUGACAAUGUGGCAUUAGCUAUCGCUAACAUGUUGAGGGUUAAUAGAAGUAUCACGUGUUUUUAAACAUAGAAUCAAACUUUAUCACAGGGAAAGGAAUAUUGGCCGUUAUGAGAGCUCUUCAGUAUUCUAACAAUAUCUUGACAGAACUGAGGUUUCACAAUCAAAGACACAUCAUGGGAAGUCAAGUGGAAAUGGAAAUAGUGAAAUUACUAAAAGACAAUACAAGUAUUGUCAAACUAGGUUAUCACUUUGAGCUUCCAGGACCACGUAUGUCUAUGACAAGCAUACUGACCAGAAACAUGGACAAACAGAGACAGAAAAGAAUGCAGGAACAAAAGGAAUCUGGUUAUGAUCCUUCAUCUAACUUAAGGACCAAAACAUUACAGAGGGGAACUCCAGGGGCUUCACCAUGUCCUUCUCCCAAGAGUUCACCAUGGUCAUCACCAAAAGCAACAAGAAAAGUUCAGGCUACCAUCACCUUAGCCCCUCCUCCACCUCCUCCACCACCCCCACCACCUCCUCCACCUGCCCCUCCAUUAUUGCAAGUGGUUCAGGAAAAAAAGGCUCCCACCAGGAAUAUUGCUGAAGUCAUCAAGCAGCAUGAAAGAUCAGCAAAGAAAAUUCAAAAUGGACAGAUAAAAACAAAAGGCAAAAAGAGUAAAAAAGAACACAACAAUAUACUGAAAGAAAUAAAAAAUUCUCUGAGAUCAGUUUCAGAAAAGAAAGUAGAAGAGGGUUCUAGGCCACCUACACCCCAAAGAUCUGCACAUGAUGACCUUAUGGAAUCUAUCAGGGGAAGCAGUGUAAGACAGUUGAAGAAGGUGGACGUACCUACAGCACUUCGGUAA